AUGCUUCUGUGUAUAAACGCUGUUCGACACGGGCUGGCUUCGGGCUUUCUCGCGGUUGGGAUGUUCGCUCUCCCAGGUGCACUAGCAAUGUACGCCCUCGCCAUUGGUGUAUCACAUCUUCAAACCAACCUUCCGCCAGCCGUUUACGCCCUUCUGUCUGGCUUCAACGCCGCUGCCGUCGGGCUGAUCGCGUUCGCGGCCGUCAAAUUGGCGGAGCGCGCGAUCAGUGAUAGGAUCAGUCGGCUCUUGGUCUGCUUUGGGGGCGUGAUGGGGGGCAUGGGAAGUGCGUUGUGGUACUACCCCGUCCUCAUGGCCAGCGCAGGCUGCGCAACCUACAUCUGGGACACCUCCAUCCUACAGAACCUCUACGUCCGCACAAGAGCACGGGGGCACAAAUGGCGACAAGGACGUAAGAUCAGAAACAGGAGGCGAGAAUACGACGUCGAGGCGCUGAGCAAUUCGCGCUGGUCGGGCGAGUCAGAGCGUACAUUGUUGGAAAAGCCGCUGCCUGAACCACCUGCUGUGCACGAGAAGGACGCGGGACGGUGUAAGGAGGAUGUUGGGAUGGAGACGACGACGGAUGAAAAAGGGCAGGGAGGUGUGGUAGGGGGAAAGCUGGAUGCAGAGAAGGUGCGGCAUGAAGAUGUGGACGAUUUCGACAUCCCUUCCCUGCCAUGGGGGAUUGGGGUCACGAUUCUCGUGGGGUUUGUGAUCACUUUCGUGCUGGUCAUCGCAUUACGGGUUGUCAUACCGAAGUCGCGGAUUUUCGAUGUGUUCAGAUCGUUGUAUAUAGCUGGCACGAUCACUUUUGGUGGCGGGCCCGUCCUAACCCCCCUCCUCCGCGACUACAUCGUCUCCCCCGGCUUCGUCACCCCGCGCAACUUCCUCCUCGGCUUCUCCGCCUUCCAAGCCCUGCCCGGCCCAGGCUUCAAUUUCGCCAUCUACCUCGGCACCCUCUCCAUCAUCCACACCGCCAUCCCCUCCUUCCUCGGCGCCCUCAUCACCUUCGUCGCUAUCUACACCCCCGGACUCUGUAUCCUCGUGGGCUUCAUGUCCCUCUGGCGCAUCAUUAAUGGGAGGAAGUGGUUCCAUUCUAUCUUGAGGGGCGUCAAUGCUGCUGCCGUCGGACUGGUUUUCGCGGCGGUGUAUAAGUUGUGGCAGAUUGGGUAUUUGACGGUUUCGGUGCAGAGUGGGAGGCCGUUGGGCACGGAUCCGUGGUGUGUGUUGGUGCUUGCGGUCGUGUAUACGGGAAGUGCGUGGUUUGGCUGGAAUCCGCCGUUUUCGAUAUUGUUUGGGGGUGUGGCGGGGGUGGUGAAGUUCGCUGUCGUCAAUGCGUAG